AGGUUCAAUGGCGGCAAGAUCUACACGUACAUCGGCGAGGUAUGCGUGUCCGUCAAUCCGUACCGUACCAUUAAUUUGUACGGCAAGGAGUACGUCACCCAGUACAAAGGCCGCGAGAGAUCUCGAGCGCCCCCCGCACGUGUUCGCCCUCGCCGACGCGGCCUACAAGGCGAUGAAGCGCCGCGGCCAGGACACCUGCAUCGUGAUCUCGGGGGAGUCGGGCUCGGGCAAGACGGAGGCCUCCAAGAUCAUCAUGCGGUACAUCGCCGCCGUGACCAACGUCGCCGGCCAGCAGGAGAUCGAGAGAGUGAAGAAUGUGCUGCUGCAGUCCAAUGCCAUCUUGGAGGCCUUUGGUAAUGCCAAGACUAACCGCAAUGACAACUCCUCCCGCUUUGGCAAGUACAUGGACAUCAACUUUGACUUCAAGGGUGACCCCAUUGGUGGCCACGUACAGAACUACCUGCUGGAGAAGUCCCGUGUCGUCCUCCAGCAGCCAGGGGAAAGAAACUUCCACUCGUUCUAUCAGGUCCUGUUCGGCGCGACAGACUCCGACCUCUCCAAACUGAAGCUGAAGCGCGAUGUGAAUGCCUACCACUACAUCCGCCAGGGGGGUACACCCAGAGUGGACUCCAUUGCAGACAAGGUGGACUACAAGGCAUGCCAGGCAGCCUUCAAGACCUUAGGGUUCUCGCCAGAGCAGACCGAUGCUAUCUGGAGGAUUGUCAGCGCCAUCCUGCACCUGGGUAACAUUGAAUUCACUUCUGGGGGUGAUGAGACACAGAUCAAGAACCCGAAGGAGGUAAGCAACAUUGCGGAGCUUCUGCGUGUGUCGCCUGAUCAGGUGACUAAGGCACUAUGUCAUCGAGUGAUUGCAGCAAGAGGCGAGGUCAUGGAGAAGCGACACACAGAGAGCGAGGCCAGCUAUGGGCGUGAUGCAUUUGCCAAGGCCAUCUAUGAGAGACUCUUCUCCUCUAUUGUGGAAGGGGUCAACAAUGCUAUUGAAGUGCGUUUUGAAGGUGCUGAGGCCAAAUACAAGUACAACACUGUUAUUGGAGUUUUGGACAUCUAUGGGUUUGAGAUCUUUGACCGCAACAGCUUUGAGCAGUUCUGCAUUAACUACUGUAAUGAGAAACUGCAGCAGCUGUUCAUUGAGCUGGUAUUGAAGCAGGAGCAGGAGGAGUACAGGAGGGAAGGCAUUGCAUGGCAGACCAUCGAAUACUUCAACAACCAGAUCAUUUGUGACCUGGUGGAGCAGUCCCACAAGGGCAUCAUUGCCAUCACAGAUGAAGCAUGUCUAAAUGUGGGCAGAGUGACAGAUGAGAUGCUGUUGGAAGCAAUGGAAGGUAAACUCAAAGGACACAAGCACUUCACUACUCGCAAGCUGUCACCAAUGGACAAGGAACUCAAGCAUGUUGAAGAGUUUCGCGUCAAGCACUAUGCUGGUGAUGUCGUGUACAGCAUCAAGGGUUUCCUGGAGAAGAACAAGGACACACUCUUCCAGGACUUCAAAAGGCUGAUGUACUCCUCCUCGGAUCCUGUGAUUUCAAGCAUGUGGCCAGAGGGUGCCCAGGAUAUCACAAUGACAACAAAGAGGCCACUAACAGCUGGUACUCUCUUCAAAAACUCCAUGAUUGCACUGGUGAAGAAUCUGGCCUGCAAGGAGCCAUACUAUAUCCGGUGCAUCAAACCCAAUGAUCAGAAGUCCCCAGUCAUCUUUGACGAGGAACGUGUGACUCAUCAGGUCAACUACUUGGGUCUUGUGGAAAACUUGCGUGUCAGAAGAGCUGGGUUUGCAUACAGACAGAGCUACGAUCGGUUCCUUAGAAGAUACAAGAUGAUAUCCCAGUACACAUGGCCAAACUUCCACGGUGGCACAGACCGUGAAGGCACUAAGAUUCUGGUGGAGGAACAAGGCUUCAGUAAUGAUGUCAAGUAUGGGAACACCAAAAUCUUUGUCCGGUCGCCACAGACACUCUUCGCCUUGGAGCAGGCAAGAGCAAAGUUGAUUCCAGGUAUUGUGAUCUUCUUGCAAAAGAUGUGGAGAGGUGCUCUAUGCAGGAUGCGCUACAGACGAAUGUGUGCAGCCUUGACUAUCAUGCGUCAUUACAGACUGUACAAGAUGAGGUCGUACAUGCUCGAGCUCCACCGAGUGUUCAGGAAUGUGCGGCAGAUGCAAGACUACGGAAAACACGUCCGUUGGCCUGCACCUCCCUUGGUGUUGAGGUCAAUGGUGUCUGACUUCCAGAGCAUCCACAACCGCUGGCGAGCCCACAUGAUCCUCUCCAAUGUGCCCAAGUCAGACUGGCCUCAGCUCAGGAUCAAGGUGAUUGCUGGAGACGUCCUCAUGGGGAAACGGGCAGAUUGGGGAGUGCGAGAGACAUGGGAAGGGAACUACUUGGCAUCCACAAGAGAAAACCCAGAUUCCUCUGCGUUCCAGUCUGCAGUCAAGAACAUGAGGAACAAAGAUGGCUUUAGGGAGGUGUUAUUCUCAAGCCUAGUGAGGAAGAUCAACAGAAAUGACAAGAUGUCUGAGCGAGCCAUCCUGGUGACAGACAGACAGAUCUACAAACUGCACAGCAAGACUUUCAAGCCUUUGAGAUCCCCCAUUCCAAUCCUGGAGGUGAGUGGGAUCAGUGUGAGCCCAGGACAGGACCAGCUGGUGAUCAUUCACUUGCGAGGAGGCAAUGAUUUUGUGGUCUCCCUGAUGUCCCAGUCAAACGCCAACAGGGUGGGAGAGCUCACAGGACUCCUCCUCCGGCAGUACCAGCUUCUGAAUCGUGCUGACUUGCGUGUUGUAGUGGCUGGAACUCUGCAGUGCAUGCUGGGAAACAAGUCACGCAUGAUUACAGUUGAGGAAACAAAUGUGGGAACUUUCCCAGCAUUUAGGAAGGGCACAAAGCGAGGUGAGCUUGUCUACUCGUGGCCAGAGUCUCUGAACAAGGCCCUCCCUCCACCUCCCCAGACCAGCCUUCACCGCCAGGCUCCCAACCCCCCCUCAAGGCCCCCACCAGGAGCCAAUGGUUAUGGCAAUGGCAAUGAUCAUGGCUAUGGCAAUGGACACAUCAAGGGCGGCAGUGGCUACCACAAUGUUGACAGGAACAGCAAUGGAAAUGGCCAUGUCUAUGCCAAUACAGGAAGAUACUGAGCUCAGACUGUCACCACCUUCUAUCAGGAAACGGUGGUGAUAACUAAUGUUUUUUUAUGGGAGUGAAGAUAUUAAAGUGUGCCUUAUUUUCAUAAUUUGUAUAGCCCAUUCACUAGAGACUAUCUCUGGGUCCAUUUUUUCUCUUCAAGUUUGUGAUUGGGAUUAUUUUGAGAUCCCAUUCAUGUUUUUUUCAUUAUUAUUAUUUUUAUUAUUGUCAUUGAUAUCCUUUUUCUUUCUUUUUUGUAAGAUAUGUCUUUUCCUAAAAUCUUCCCCUUGUCUAUAUGUUAUGAAAGUGUUCUGUUUCUAAAUCCUGUGUCUCAUUAGUUUUGUGUGAGGACAUGAUUUUUUGUGUGCUAUGUAACCCUGUAAAGCUUGGAAACCACCAGUAUAUUUGUUUGCAGCGCAGGUGGUGGUUUGUAUCAUGUGUUUUGUACAUACUUAGACAUAGAAGUUUAAUGGCUUUGAAUUUAAUUUUAAGGAUUUCCUGAUUUCUUUUAUUUAUUUGCCUUUUUUAUGAAUAUGAAUGUUUGUUAUAACAAUGCUUCUUAAGCUGAGAAUUUGGCAUAAAGUGUUGGUCCAAGAACCAGCAGAUUCCAAAUUUGGGACCAAGUCUCUUGUUUUAUGGGAGAAACUGGGUCGAAACUGAUUGAUUUGAUAUAACAAUUACUAUAUAUUAGCAUUUACUUUUUGUGUUAUAUUUCCUUCCUCACAGCUCAUGCAUUUUAAUGUUCCAUUUGUUUGAUUCAUUCACCAUUUAUUAAUACUGGUCAAGUCUUUCCAUAAUAUAGUGCUAUUCAUUGCAUUUCUCUCUGUUAAAUAUGAUAUUAAGAAAGCCAUCCUAUAAUAGCUAUAGGAUGAGGCUUUUAGUGUUUUACCUGCUGUCCAGAGACAGGUCAAGUUCUUGAAG